UACCGGUGCCACCAGCAAACGCUCCAGUCACGAGGUAGGCGUGGCUGUGGGCGCACUAUAACUGUAAAAUGAAACAAAAACAAGAUGAAAUAUAUGUUCCCGGAAAAAACACGAUUCCAAUGUUGAACGAAACAAACAGACAGUAGAGAAAACCAAUUAAAAAUCACUACAAAAAGCAGCACACAACUUUCUCGAUUGAGAAAGAGUCUAGGAGAUAUUAUAUACAUAUAUAUAUACUCGUGAUAGAUAUAGUAAAAGAGGCAUUAAAUAUGGGCAAGAGCCUGGCCAUGGUCAUAUUGUUGGCCGCCCUAAUUAGCAGUUGGCCUCUGGCCAGUGAGGGGGCUACGAGCAACAAUAUGAACAACAUGAACAACUACGAAAACAACACAAUCAACAGCAACAGCAACAACAAUUAUGGCAACAAUUCCAGUAAUUAUCCAUUCACAACCGACCAACAUGCGAAUGAUUCGAUGGACUACGAUCCGGAUAGCUGGCCCUUGGAGCGCAUCGUAUCCACCAUAGUGCCCGUCUUUUUUGGCAUUAUUGGUUUCGCCGGACUCCUCGGCAAUGGCCUGGUCAUACUGGUUGUGGUUGCCAACCAACAGAUGCGCUCGACCACCAACCUGCUGAUUAUCAACCUGGCCGUCUCGGACAUCCUAUUCGUCAUCUUCUGCGUGCCGUUCACGGCCACCGACUACGUGCUGCCCGAGUGGCCGUUUGGUAAUAUGUGGUGCAAGUUUGUCCAGUACAUGAUUGUGGUUACGUGCCACUGCAGUGUUUACACGCUGGUGCUGAUGUCCUUUGAUCGCUUCCUGGCCGUUGUACAUCCAGUGACGAGCAUGUCGCUGCGCACCGAGCGAAAUGCCACACUAGCCAUCAUGUGUGCCUGGAUAACGAUUGUGACAACAGCGAUUCCCGUCGCUCUAUCGCACUCGGUGCGCAUCUAUCAGUAUCGUGGCAACGCCGGCACUGCCUGCGUCUUCUCCACUGAGGAGGAGGUUUGGAGUCUGGUUGGCUUCCAGGUCUCCUUCUUCUUAUCAUCGUAUGUGGCACCCUUGACGCUGAUUUGCUUCCUCUACAUGGGAAUGUUGGCGCGUCUGUGGAAGAGUGCUCCAGGCUGCAAGCCAUCCGCCGAGUCACGCAAGGGCAAGCGACGCGUCACACGAAUGGUAGUUGUUGUCGUAUUGGCAUUCGCCAUUUGCUGGCUGCCCAUCCAUGUCAUACUGGUCUUGAAGGCACUCAAUCUGUACGGCGGCAGUCACUUGUCGGUAAUCAUCCAGAUCAUAUCGCAUGUGGUGGCCUAUACCAACUCCUGCAUCAAUCCGAUACUCUACGCCUUUCUCUCCGACAACUUCCGCAAGGCAUUCCGCAAGGUGGUCUGGUGCUGUAGCCCACCGCCGCUUUUGACCAAUCCACAGGUGACCAAGACCACGCGCACUGCAACCGGCAACGGAACGUCCAAUAUUGAAAUGCUCUAAGCGGCUCUGAAGAAUGAAAUGCAUUGAUGGUCGAUGAGGAGAGAUGGAUGGGUCAACCGAGGAAAUGGAAAUUUGAAUUUAAAUUUAACAAAAAUACAAAUUAAUAAGAAAUACAACUUUUUUCUGAGAACACGGCGCACUAUAGUUAACUAUAAAUAUACAUAUGUAUGUAUAUUAACCGAUUUAUGUCCAAGAGGAGAAUAUAAUUGUCCUUUUUAUUUACUUACUUACAGUCUUAAAUAGUGAUUAAUUUUUUUAGAUUUUUCAACAUGAGUUCUGUGAAUAUGUUCUUAAGGUUUGAUCAGUUCGAAUUGGUUGCUAAGUUGUGUGUGUUUCAAAAAUUGAUAAUAUUAAUUGUAUCAUUAAUUAAGAUGCUGUGUACAAUUUUUUGAACUUUUAGAGAAAUAAGCAAGAAAUAAAAAAAAAACAAUGCUAGGAUAUUAAGCAAAAAGAAAAUAUUUGAUAACAAGAAACUUACAAUUCAAUUGUUUGAAAUGAAAUUUACACAAAAAAAUGAGGAGAGUUUCAAUUUGCAGAAAAAUUGAUGCUCGAUGAUUAAGAGGAGAUGACAAAACCAAAUAAAUUUAAGUGCAGGGCCAUGUUAAUGGAAAAUUCCUGUAACCAAAUGUAAAUCGUUGGUUUGUACGGAUAUCUGUUACGUGUAUGAGUGUUGUUUAGCCAUUAAGAGUUUAAUAGCGCAAAUUUAUAAUUAACAAAAGUCCACUCACAACAUUACAACAUACAGGAAAUGUUCAGACCAGAGGAGGAGGACCGGAGAUGGAUACAGAUUUACUCGAAUGGCAGUUGAAAUUUAUAUUAAACCCAACACUUUUGACACCUAAUUGUUUUUGUAUUAUGUUCGGUAUACAAUUACAGCAUAUUACAUUUAUAAAGUAGCACAAAAAUUACUGAAAUUACUCGUAAUUAAGAUGAAACCUAUAUGGAUACUUAGAUAAUACCUGCAUACAUACAUAUACUAUGUGUAUACGUGCGUGAAUUGUUUGAGCAAAGCAAAGUCCUAAUUGAAUUUCUAAUACUCUCAAAGCUCAAUUGUAUAUGAAACGCAUAAAUGAAUGUGUGUAUAAUCCUUUCAUCAAAUCUCUUUAUGCUAAUUAAAUCGUUCAUCCGUGGUAUCCCCACCGGGGAUUACCAUUCAAUUUCAUAAUAAAACGUUUAAUGCGAAUUUCACUCGCCAAAUUGAGUAGAGAACAGGGCAUAUGAGGCCUAAGUUCAUGGAUAUGUUAUGCUUAAAGACCUAAAAAGCCACCAAUUGGUGUUGCAUUAACAAAGAACUCAUUGGGGAACGUCUCACAGGUAUUUCGAGUACCCAAAGAGUACCCAUCCAGUCGAUACCUUGCCCCCAAAAAGCUGGAAAAAAAUAUCUCAUGAGGCCAUGUUUUUGUUACGCCAUUCGUUAAUCAUGUAAAUUGUAGAUUAUUAAUUGUAUACAACAAUAUUUAUACAUAUGUAUGUAUGUACAUGCGGGUAUGUGUGUAUGUAUUUGACUAUUAAAUAAGCUAAAUCGAUGCAAAGGGAAAAGUAAAUAUAAUUUUUUUGUUAAAUUCUUAAUUUAUUUUGCGUUGCUUCGGCCUUGCCGAAUUAAAAAAUGUAACAUAAGAUGGAUUAAUGAAUUCCAAUAAGCACACUUAUGUUAUUUAUGGGAAAUUCGAUGAACAGCAACUCGUGUAUUUAUUCAUAGAGAUAUCUACCAUAUAUAGCAUGUAUGCAUGUGUGUCUGUUAAAUGCAUAUACUGUAUACAUACUUGCAUAUAUGUAUAUGUAUGUCCUACUGCAUUCCUAGCACAGUUGUGGAAUUGAAAAAUAUUUGAAUUUAGAACAAAAAAAAAACGGAGCAAACCAAAUUUUUGACAAAAAUUUAAAACCAAAAUUAACUCAAUGAAAAUUAAUUAAAAUAGCAUAGAUCUUAAGCAAGUAAUUCAAAGGAGUGUUAUUCUUUUUUAUUUUUUUUUUUUGGUGUCAUUUGUGUAUUCAUGUGCGUAUGUGCCCGCUUGACUGUAGGGUAUUUACUAGCCGCCUAGCCACACAAACAAACAAAUAUGUAUAUGUAAAACUAGAGAAAGAAAUAAUACAGACAAUUUCCUUAUUAUUUUCUUACGUUCUGCAAAAAAAA